CUCACCACCACCCGCCUCGCACCUGCACCUACACGCCCACCAUGGCAGAGGCCAGCACUUCCUCCACGCUCUCCUCCGCCGCGCUGGCGCAGUCGCUCGAGCACUUCUCGCAGUCGCUCCUCGCCGCGCCCGGCGCCUCGUCGUCGCUGCUGCCGCCGGCACUGGCGCCGCUGCGCAGCCUCUCGCGCUCCAUCCUCACGCACAAGGCCGCCGCGCGCGCCCGCGUGCAGGCGCUGCGUGCGCGCGUCGACGAUGCCAAGCUGCGCUCCAUGAAUGCAAAGUACGAGCGCGGGCGGCUGGAGGACGAGAUUCGGCGGUGUCGCGGCUUCGUCUCGAUCCAUCAGACCCUCACGCUGCACCCGCUGGAAGAGUUCAAGGAGCUGGCGCCCGAGGAGCUGCGCACGCCCGACAUCCUCGAGGAUGCGCACCAGCUGCGGCUGGCGCGCCUGCGCUUCGAGCUGCUCGAGCGAAAACGGCUGGCGGCGGAGAAGCGGUCACUGCGCUCGACGCGUGCGGCGCUGCGUGCGCAGGUGAAGGAGAAGCGCGCCGCGGUGCAGGAGGUCGUCGCCGAGAUUACGGCGCUCGUGGAGGAGGCAAAGAAGGUCGAGAAGCGAUUAGCAGAGGUGUAGCUGUGGGCCAGCAGCAGGCGCGGCAAUCACACCACUUUGCACCGAC